UAUAAACACCCACAAGGAUCCUUCAAAGCUUCUCACUUCACACAAAACUUUCCAUCCCUCGAAAAAGAGAUCAAAAUGGCGGUAACAAAGAACGCAAUCAUCUGUCUCUUCACGCUCGUGGCCGCGACUCUCAUCGCGGGCUGCAUGGGGAUGACCCACAAGGUCGGUGGCUCGGAGGGAUGGGCACCCGGCGUGGACUACUACGACUGGGUCACUUCACGGCACUUCCAAGUCGGUGACUCUCUUCUCUUCGCCUACGACAAGAACUUCCACGACGUGACGGAACUCGCCAGUCCAUUAGGGUUCGAGUUCUGCGACAUGUCUUCCGCUACGGCGAGAUACAAGACCGGUAAUGACGUGGUUAACCUGACGCGUCCGGGUCGGUACUACUUCGUGUGCGGAGCUCCUGGCCAUUGUCAUGCCGGACAGAGGUUUGAUAUCCUGGUCACAUCGCCAUUGCCGCCCGCUUCAAGCCCUCGGCCUUGGUGCUUGCCUUGGUUUUGUUAGCAUGAUUUUUUUUGGGGUCGAUUGGGUUUGAGCUCAAUCCCACGAGUGUUUUCUUUUUGGGUUGCUAAUUUUUUUUAAUAUGGUCUUUUCUUUAAUUAGAUUGUUACUCAUCAGUGAUCAGAUAAUUGUCCAGAAUCAGAUCGUGUUCUUUUAUGCUUAAAAUAAAAUGUCUCCGAAUUCUUUUUAAUUAUUGUGCCACGCU